GCCAUGAUAAUUUGACAGAUAAGUCACUAUACUGCGGCACUUUGAAUAAGUUGCCCAUCCUGGAAUUAACCUCAAAUUCUUUCAUAAUCUGGGUUUUGGGCAAAGAAGAUGUCCAAAAUAAUAAAAGCUGGAGGCGCUGAGCCCGAUGCGUUUGAAACGCAAGUAGCUCAAGCAUUGCUUGAGCUGGAAAUGAACUCUGAUCUAAAGGCCCAGCUCAGGGAAUUAAAUAUUACUAAAGCAAGGGAAGUCGAAUUAAACAACAAAAAAUCCAUCAUUAUUUACGUGCCGAUGCCAAAGCUGAAGCAAUUCCAAAAAAUACAGACUAGACUGGUGCGAGAAUUGGAGAAAAAAUUCAGUGGCAAGCAUGUGGUGUUUGUUGGCGAGCGUAAAAUUCUGCCAAAGCCAACCCGUAAAACCCGCAUGAAGAACAAACAGAAACGUCCAAGGUCUCGUACGUUGACAGCAGUUUAUGAUGAUAUUUUGGAGGAUUUGGUUUACCCAGCCGAAAUUGUUGGUAAAAGGAUCCGGAUAAAACUAGAUGGGUCUCAGCUGAUCAAGGUUCACCUUGACAAGAAUCAGCAAACUACUAUAGAACAUAAGGUGGAUACCUUUGCAUCUGUUUACAAGAAGUUGACGGGAAGGGAAGUGACUUUUGAAUUUCCAGAACCCUAUCUGUAAUUUAAAAAUUUGUUAAUAAAAUAAUAUCAAGGA